GGUCACCCAAACACUGACACCCCCCUCCUCUCUCUCUCCUCUCCUUCACCCUAAAACCAACAAACCAACUGUCUAAACCGAACAAACACCCUUCUUCUCUCUUCCCCUCCAUACAUUUCCCUAUCUUCCCUCCCACCCUUAAUCCUAUAUAUUCUCCUCUUCCUCACCACCCUUUUAUCUCAUUCUUUGGUGUGCGGUGUUUCUCUAUAUAUCUUAGAGAAGUACUGCAAUCUCAAGAAUCCCUAAUCUACUACUAUUACGUCCACAAAUAAAUAAAUAAAAAACAAUCAACAUGGCACGUCAAGUGAUUGUUCUUGCUCUCAUUUUCCUUGUGGCUGCUGGUUUUGUAGCAGCUCAAGAUGAUGGACCUCCUAGUACCUCCCCCACCGUCUCGCCUACGCCGCAAUCCCCGCCUACCACUCCAUCAUCUUCACCUGCAGCCCCCGUCCCCGUCUCUCCUCCUCCUACCUCCACCCCUGCUCCCACUAACCCCCCCUCCACCUCCACCUCCCCCCCCACGCAGGCACCUAGGUCUGCCCCUGCCCCUCCCACCCCACCUACUACCACACCCGUCUCCCCUCCUCCCAGUGAUGAUGAUGAUGACGACGUUACCCCUGCUGCUUCUCCCGCUGACGACGAUGUCUCAUCUCCCCCCGCCCCUGGGAGCGUGGCAACCCCAGUAGGUGGCCCCGCCGAAGGACCUACAUCUGAUGAUGGGGCCCCAGCUCCUGCAACCACCACCACUGACAGCGGCGCCACUACUCUUAAGGCCUCCGUUGCUGUCGGAGCUACCAUCGUUGCUGGCUUCUUCGCCUUUUAAGCUAGACAGUUAACAUGUUGUUUGAUGAAGAUAUUGUUGUACGGAGUUAUCCUUUGACCGUGUAUGUUACUUGUUAUGUGUUACCAUUUGCUUUAUACGUUUGUGUAUUAGCUUUUUAAUUAAGAGGAAGCCAUUUAAGUUCUUUGUUUAUGCUUUUAAAACUGAGAUAGUUUGUAUUUCAUUUAAAUAAUGUUUGUUUUUUUUUUGUUAUACAUGUAUGUGCUUUUCUUGGGUUACAUAUAUACAAUUUGAUCGGAAAAAGAAUUCAUUUGCA